UUUUUUUUUCCGGGACAAUAUCGACGAAGGAUGAAAAGAAGAAAUAUGGGAAAUUGAAGACAUCUUACACAUUUCUUCAAUGGCGCACUCUCUUGUUCCAGCAUCGCUCUCGUCCGCCUUGGCUUCCAACCGGAUGCAUACUUUGAUUUACUCUUUUCCAGUCAUAUCCAAAGGGAUUGAAUCUGUUAAAUUUUCGUUGAUUGCAAGUGCAAGCAGUUCAGUGGUAUGCGCUGCAAAAGGUCCACGGCCGAGAUAUCCUCGGGUCUGGAAAACCAGGAAGAGGAUUGGAACCAUAUCCAAGGCAGCAAAGCUUGUUGAUUGUGUCAAGGGACUGUCUAACGUGAAAGAGGAAGUCUAUGGGGCUCUUGAUUCCUUCAUUGCCUGGGAACUAGAGUUUCCUCUUAUUACUGUAAAAAAGGCCCUGAAGACCUUAGAGAUCCAAAGAGAAUGGAAGAGGAUAAUUCAGUUGACGAAAUGGAUGUUAAGCAAAGGGCAAGGAAGAACAAUGGGUAGCUAUUUCACAUUAUUAAAUGCCUUAGCUGAAGAUGGAAGACUUGAUGAAGCUGAAGAGCUUUGGAACAAAUUAUUUUCUCAGCAUCUGGAGAGCAUGCCUCGCAUAUUCUUCCAUAAAAUGAUAUCCCUUUACUAUGAACGGGAUAUGCACGACAAGUUAUUUGAGAUAUUUGCUGAUAUGGAGGAACUUGGAGUUCAACCAAGUAUGGCGAUUGUCACUAUGCUUGGAAAUGUCUUCCAAAAGUUGGGUAUGUUAGAUAAAUAUGAAAAAUUGAAGAAGAAAUAUCCCCCACCGAAAUGGGAAUAUCGUUACAUAAGAGGAAAGCGCGUAAAAAUACGAGCAAAGAAUCUGCACGAAAAUGGUAGUUCCAACAAUGGUUCGGGUGAUUUCGACAAAAAGGAGCAUAGUUCAACAGAAGAACUGUUGGAGGAAGAUGAAAUAACUUCCCAAGAUUCGAGUCUUGAAGAUGAUGAAAUGAGUGAAGACCCAGAUGAAGCCUUGGAAGAUGAAAGUAUGUUGUUGAAAGAAUCCACUUUUGAGCACGAUUUCAUGGGAUUUGGACAAUUGUAAGUUCAAGAUAUAGAUAAUGUAUUCCCCAUUUCAAGUUCGUCAAAAUUCUCUCCCUCAAUAUAUAGUGUACACUUUUCUCUUCUUUUC